AUGCUUACCAGCACUGAACUUCUAAACCAAGGACCAUUGGGUAAUAUAUGGCUUGCAGCAAACUAUGACAAAAAGCUCACGAAACAGCAAUUGCUAGGAACAGACAUUGUACAAUCCACAGAGUAUAUUCGUGAUCAUCAGAUCAGCGGGCCCCCAAAAAUCAUUUCAUCGUGUUCGCAAUCACGCGUUAAUGAACCAGAAGGGAAAGACUCAAUCACCCUUAGACUUUCCGGCCAAUUGCUUCUAGGCAUUGUCAAGAUUUAUUCAAGAAAGACCAAGUAUUUACUAGACGAUGUCCAUGAUAUUCUAUACAAACUCAAAGCCUCGUUUAGAUUAUCAAGUGGAGUACAAUUGGGCUCGGACUUUGCAUCGAAUCGAAUUAAUGUUCCAGCACAACAAACCACCUUGGCAGAUUUGGAUUCCAUCACUUUAAAAGAUCAAAUCUCGGCAUUUGACCUUUUUUUUCAAGAGGAUUUGGUGUUGGAUGAGCCGGGCGCGAACACCAAUCUCACAAGUGUGUUUAACGAUCUUAAUCAAGAAUCAAAUGGCGACUCACUGAUGAUGGAAUUUGAUCAAUCCAUAGAGUACGGUAGAAACACGCGCGGUAACAACAACAUUGCAAAUAAUGCCAACGACGAUAACGUGUCGCAUCACUCGUUAAAUGAUAUGGAUUUGGACUUUGACUUGAACUUUGAUGAAAUUGAAGACGACCGUUCAAUCGAACAGGGAAGAAACGCGUCAUUUCUUGGUGACGAGACCGAAACCAGCUUUAUGGCGGAAUUGAACAAGUCAAGAAAUAUUUUCGAACUUGAUGCUGGUCAGCCUAUUCUCAGUAUGGAUAACCUCUUAGAAGAGGAUUUAAACGCAAGACACGGAGAAGGCAACGCACCUAAUUCAGCAUUGCUGCCGUCAAUGAAUCAAUCUAGCGUAGAUCAACAACAGCAACAACAACAACCAGCACCAAGACAGAGACAAAGACAAAAGCGAACGAGAAUCACCGACGAAGGUGAGUUGAUUGUGCCAAACAGGAAACUAGUGGUGGACUCCGAAGAGAGUAUGCAAGGUGUUCCAAUGCAAGUUCUUCAAGAAAAUCAAGAGAAUUUGAUGGAUGGAUUUGGAAAAGAAAAAUACAUCACUCUCAAAUUAUCAGAAAGUGAAAAAUUGAAACUAGUACAAGAACUAGCACAACCAGUUUUUGCCAAGAGGCGGAAGCUUUGGAAUCUCGACACAGAGUUGCAAUUAACUUGUGCUGCACUUGCACGUCGCGAACAAGAGAGAAAAGAAGGCGAUUCAGGCGAUGAGGGAGAGAACUCUGAUGAAGAUGAUACAUCGUCAUUGAUGGGGACAGAUACCAGUUCUGACCUGUCACUGGACCUUGACCUCUCCAUAGAUGUUGACAGCAGCGACGAGUCAGCUACAGAUGAGGAAAACGACAACGAGGAAGAGGAUGAGGACGAGGAAGUGGAUGAGAAGGUAAAAGGAAAAUCAGUUGAACAUGAAUUUUCGAAAACCGCUAAAAGUACACGUCAAGUUGUGAAUGAAUUGCAGGAUCAAUUCAGGAAGUCCAACAAUGACAUUGUCACAUUCCAAUCAUUGAUGGAGGCGGAUUCAAAAGCUAUGCAUCCCCUUGGCGCAAAAAAGAAAAAUACCAUUAAUCCAAGAAGAGAAGCUGCAAAGUGCUUUUUCGAAAUGUUGGCACUUGCAACAAAUGACUGUAUAAGCAUACAACAGGAACGCGAGGACCUUGAGUUGGGAAAGAACGUAAGGAUAUUACCUAGAGACAAUUUAUACACCUUAUUUGAAUAA